AUGUCUCAAGGCGCUCCGCCGGCCGGCCCUGGUGGCCCGGUCGUCUCGGUAGCAAACAUUCGCGGCUUGGGAAGGAACGACCCCGGCCUCUUUAAAAUGAGUGGGGAGAUUUUCGGAUGGAAAAAUAGGAGGAAUGGGAAAGUUUAUCAGUACAAAAGCUCAGAUGUUGCAGACGCACAGUGGAUACACUGUGGGGCUGACCAGUAUCAACUCAAGAUCGUCCUCGGUCCUCACAGAAAUGACAGCAUCGUCAUCUUUGAUGGUUUUCACAAAAAGAACUAUGAGGACAUCCGUCGGCACUUUUCUGAUCACUUUAAGCUCCAACUGCAGACCAAAAACAUAGCGCAUUUGGGCUGGCACUGGGGCGAUGUUUCCAUGGAUGGAAACAAUUUGAAUGUUUCAGUGAACGGCUGCCCCGCAUUUGAAGUAAAUGCUCAAGACAUUGCCCAGGUUACGACACCAUCAAAAAAUGACUUGGCUAUUGAGCUUGUGCAAGAUGACACGAGGGAUCAAUCAGAAGAUAUGCUUUUAGAGAUUCGGCUGUUCCAGCCGGCGACGGGCGAUGAGGAAACGGACAGCCAUCUUCAGAACCUGAAGGAGAAGCUUGUGAAGAAAAGCGGCGUCGCUGAAACGAAGAUGGAAAGCAUUGCUCUUCUGAACGAUGUGCCUCUGUUGGUGCCAAGGGGACGCUAUGAAAUCGACAUCGGUCGCCGUGCAUUGAAGUUUCAUGGGAAGUCGUACGACUACACAAUUCUCUACACGAACAUCAACAGAAUGUUCCUCGUGCCUCGUCCGAAUUCUCCGCACGUCAACUUCAUUCUGUCUUUGGAUAAUGCUAUGAGACAAGGACAGACAUCUUACCCCUUCGUCGUGAUGCAGUUUGACAGCGAGAACGUAACUUCGGCUGAAGUGAAUCUGGAGGAGGCGGAGCUAAAGGAGAAGGGACUCGAAAAGCAGCUAGAGGGAAAAACGUUCGAUGUAAUUACGCGCAUUUUGAAGUCCCUAAUCGGGAAGAGCGUAAUUGUCCCUGGAGAUUUCAAGAGCGUCAAGAACCAAUAUGGAAUAACUUGCAGCUACCGAGCACAAAGCGGCCAUUUGUAUCCACUUAAUCGAUCUUUUUUGUUCAUCGUCAAACCUGUUAUAUUUGUCAGAUUUGAAGAUGUGGUCAGUGUAGAAUUUAGCCGCACCGGCGCCAGCACGACCAAUCGUUUCUUUGCAUUCACAGUUUCUUGCCGUGGAGGGGUGGAGCACGAGUUUACUUCCAUUGACCGCAACGAGUACAGCCCCUUAGUUGAAUUCCUGACGCAAAAAGGAAUUCGCAUCAAGAACGUCGAAAAAGGAAAUGCACCAAGGACUGGUGGCCUGCAGGAAGCAGAAAUUCAAACAGAUGAAGACGAUGACGAUUAUGGUGGAGAAGAGUCCGAAACUGACGAAGACUUUGAAGAAGAGGAGGACGACGAACAAAGCGAAGCCAGUGCUGCGGAGUCAAAUGAGGACGGCGAAAAGGAGAAAAAACGGAAACACAAACACAAAGUGAGGGUGUAA